AAUACAAGGGACAACUAAAAUACCUACCAUCCAGUUUGUGUCCCACGUGUAAGGAACUCAAACUCUCCACCUACUAAUACGCCACUCCCCUCUAUUUCUACAUGUUAAUUAAAUUAACUAACUACCUUAAUUUUUCCUACUUCUACUACUACACAUUCCUAAUUAUCCUCUUAUUUUCUUAAUCAUUCUCUGCAGUUCAACUUGUUAUCCUUAAUUAAUCAAGAUCUCAUCUUUCUCUGAAUUUUCUUAUAAAAUUGGAAUCUUGGUCCUGUUUGUGACAUUGGGUAUUUGUAAAAUUAGAUAAAAUGUCACUUCUUGGAACAGUUUUACAGCUGUCGUCCAUGUGUUUGUAGUAAUGCCUCAAAGACCAAGAAACAAUAAGGAGUGCCAGCCAUUUAUUGUAUUUUCCAUGGAGUGAAUUGGUGGUAGAAAGAAAUGAUGGUACCAGAGACAAAUAUGUUACCCUGUAAUGGGGAAAUGGAAAAUGGAUUCGGUAAGGAAGAUUUAUCAGAUAUAGAAGAAAAUCAAGAAGAGUUGGAUCAGUCAAGCCACUCAAAUAUAGGGAAGCCACCAAGAAACACUACAGGGAUGCGGCAUUGUAUCAGCCAAGCAACGUUGACAGGUGCUUCGCCAUUGGAGUCGCCUACACAAAUUCUUCCUCUUAAAUCAUCAUCAAGUGACGAUUCUGGAUAUGUUCCCAUCUUUCGCUCAGGAAGCUAUUCUGAGAUUGGGCCAAAACCAAACAUGGAAGAUGAGCAUAUCUGUAUCAAUGAUCUUUGCAAACACAUUGGCUCAUCCAAGGGGCUUCUUUCUCCUGGGGCAUUUUAUGGGGUGUUUGAUGGUCAUGGUGGCAUUGAUGCUGCAUCAUUCACUCAAAAGAAUCUCCUAAGCUUUAUUGUAGAGGAUACGCAUUUUCCAUUGAUGGUCAAAAGAGCUAUCAGGAAUGCUUUUGUUAAAGCUGAUAAUGCACUGGCUGAUACCCAAUCACUUGAUAAUACCUCUGGAACAACUGCUCUGACUGUGCUUAUUUUAGGACGGACCAUGCUUAUUGCUAAUGCUGGGGACUCUCGAGCUGUCCUAGGAAAACGUGGAAGAGCGAUUGAAUUAUCAAAAGACCACAAACCAAACACUACUUCUGAAAAAUUAAGAAUUGAGAAACUAGGGGGAGUCAUAUAUGAUGGUUACCUUAAUGGCCAACUCUCGGUUGCACGAGCUCUUGGUGACUGGCACAUAAAGGGUCCUAAAGGUUCAAAGGGCCCCUUAAGCUCGGAACCAGAGUUGGAAGAGUUGGUCCUGUCCGAAGAGGAUGAGUUCUUGAUAAUGGGGUGUGAUGGCUUAUGGGAUGUCAUGAGUAGCCAGUACGCGGUAACUAUCGUGAGGAAGGAGCUCAUGCUGCAUAAUGAUCCCGAGAGAUGCUCGAAGGAACUUGUCAGGGAGGCACUAAAGCGUAAUACUUGUGAUAAUCUAACGGUGCUUGUGGUCUGCUUCUCUCAUGAUCCACCCCCGCGAAUUGAAAUACCAAGAACACAGAGGAAGAGGAGCAUAUCAGCUGAAGGAUUGGAUCUUCUAAAAGGUGUCUUGAGUGACAUAUAAAGCAGACUUAUUGUAUAGAUGAAUUAACCUCCUACAUACCAUUGUCAGGGAUUUUUCUGAGUUUUCUGCUGUCCAUGACAAUGGUGGAUUAUUGCUGAUACAAAAACAAAAUGCUUACUGUAAGGAUCUUCCAACAACUUAAUUUUGAUUUAUUCAGUUGUCACUGUAACUAUCCUUGAUUGAAUGUGGCUGCUCUUCAUAAUAAGAUUCAU